CCCUCUUGAUAAAAAGCUUAUAACCCUUCCCCUCCAAAAACACACACACAUACACAUCUCUUCUUUCAAGAGAACAAUCCUCCUCUCUCCAAUCAAUCAAUCAGAGAAAAAAAAAAGCUCUAAAUCCCACAAGACCAAGACUUUCAGACUCCAUAUUCUCUCAUCUUCUUACAGUACUCUAUUUGUCUUUUCUCUCUCAAAAAAAAAACUCACCAUAUUUCAUUUUUUUCACUCCUCUGUUUUUCUUACACUGGUUUUUUCUCUUCAUUAAAAAAUUUUGGUUGGAUGAUGGGUGAAAUCACCCAGUACACUCAAGCUUUCCACAUUACUGUAAUCCUUGAAACUAGCUUCUUUCGCCACAAACUCUAGAUCAUUUUUAUGAUUGUUGCAAAUUUUUUAAUUAAGUAUAAUAAAUUCAAGUUUUUUUUUUUCUUUCUUUUCAUAAAACUAUGGAAGGUGGAAAUAGUUUCAGUGGAUGUCAUGAUAUGAUAGCUUUGCUUGAGAAUUCCAACAAUUCUAUCUGGGCUCCUUCUUCUUCUUCUUUUCCUGAGAAUAUGGUAAACUUUGAUCAAGAACCACAACAAGGGAGGAAGGCAAGCCCGAAAAGGGGCCGUCGCCAUGGCGGUCCAUUCGCUCGGGCAAGCGAUGGCGAGGACACCGGCGGUGAAGAACCGGACGCCUACCCGAAUUACCACCCGGAGAAAAAAAGACGGCUAAAAUCAGAACAAGUAGAAUAUUUAGAGAAGAGUUUUGAGGUGGAAAAUAAGUUGGAACCUGAAAGAAAAGUGCAAUUAGCCCAACAACUUGGGUUACAACCUAGACAAGUUGCAAUUUGGUUCCAAAAUAGACGUGCUCGUUAUAAGACUAAACAAAUUGAAAAAGAGUUUGAUUCAUUGAAAGCCAGCUAUGAUAGCCUCAAAAUUGAUUAUGACUCUUUAAACAAUGAAAAAGAAAACUUGAAAAAUGAGGUUGAAUUGUUGAAGAAGAAAUUAACGCAAAAAGAAGGGAAAGAAAUUGAUUCAAACCCAGAUAGCAUACUACACAAUGUGGAAGGAGUUAUCCCAAACACUGAGACUCAUGAAAAAGUGCACAAAUUUGGCUCAGGGUGUGUAGUGAUGCCAAGCAACAAGCAAGUUGAAGACGCGAGUUCAGCAAAGAGUGAUGUGCUUGAUUCUGAGAGCCCACAUUGUGCUGAUGGGAACCAGACUUGCGCGUUAAUAGAGGCCUCUUCAACAUUGAUGCGCGACUCAGAACAACAAUCGGAUUUCUCAUCAGAGGAUGAAGAACAUUUGAUGAUGAGCAAAAGUCUUUUGUUGCCACAAACACCACCAACAUUCAACAAUUUUCUUAAGGUUGCAGAUGAUGAGAAUUAUGACCCUAAUAUUGCCAAUACUUGUAACUUUUCACUAGUUGAUGAUCAGCCUUUCUGGUCUUGGCUUUACUAGCUAGCUAGUUCUUCUCUUUUUAAGUAGUAGUUAUGAAUUAUGAUCAUAAUGUACCAUCAUUUUGGUAUAAAGCCCCCACAACUGGGUUCUACUAGUUACUAGUUAGGUCUACAAGUACCCUGUAACUAUGCUUCUUUCUCUUUAUUUAACAUUAGUAUGAUAUAGCCUCAGCAUUAUUAGCUUCA